AAAAAAAAAAAAGGAGAAAAAAGAAAAGAAAUGGGGGACGCGAGCGCCGUCGCGCUCCUGGAGGAGGCGGCGGGCGCGGCGGAGCGGGCGCGGGAGCUGCAGGACGCCGCCGCCGCCCUCCUCUCCGCCGCCGCCGCCGACGAGCAGCGCUUCCGCGGCCGCGCCCUCGCCCUCGACUCCGACCUCCGCCGCCUCCGCUCCUCCCGUCUCGCCGCCGCCGCCGCCGCCGCCGUCGAUCCCGAGAUCGCCGACAGGAUCGACGAGGAAUUGGACAGGGCAAGAUGUCUGAUCAGCGACGGUGACGUGGCGUCGAUUCUUCCCAGCAAAGCUCAUGGGCGUUUCUUGAAGAUGUUUCUAGGCCCGGUGAAUGUGCGCGCCGCGAGGAAAGAGGUGCAGCUGAAAGUGAAGCAAGAGUAUAACAGCUAUAGAGAUAGAACUGCUUUUCUGUUUCUUCUAUUUCCGUCCACUUUGCUUUUUCUAAGGUCCUGGAUGUGGGAUCGAUGCAUUCCAGCUUUGCCAGUUCAGUUGUAUCAGGCUUGGCUAUUGUAUCUCUACACAAGUUUAGCUUUGCGAGAGAACAUAUUAAGAGUGAAUGGAAGUGACAUCCGUCCUUGGUGGAUAUACCAUCACUAUUGUGCCAUGAUGAUGGCCCUUGUGAGCCUUACAUGGGAGAUAAAGGGACAACCGGAUUGUGCCGAUAAGCAGAGAGGUGUACAAUUGUUUCUGGCAUGGGCAAUAAUGCAAGGCUUCGCAAUGCUUUUGCAAAACAGAUAUCAGCGGCAAAGAUUGUAUACUCGCAUUGCUUUAGGAAAGGCUAAAAGAAUGGAUGUUGUGUGGGGUGAAACUGCUGGUGUUGAGGGUCAAUUGUGGCUGCUGUAUCCAAUCCUCUUCAUUUUGCAGGGUUUCGAGGCGUAUGUCGGGAUGCUACUGCUUCGGACAGCUCUAGCCGACGUCAUCCCCGAAUGGCAGGUGUUAGUGUGUGGAAUCUUGCUGGUUGUAAUGGCAGCAGGCAACUUCGCCAACACGGUGCAGACGGUGAUGGCGAAGUCGAGGGUGAAAGCGAAGAUGAAGAGAAGCAAGAGCAAGCAAGAUUUCGAUCAGAGCACGUCGCCGACCGCCUCGUCGUCGAAUAAUUCAAGAUCAUCAAAGCAAUCAUGAUGAAUUUUCCUUCCAGCUUUUUUUCUGGUGCUGAUAAUCUUUUUGUAGAGCAUUAGUUUGCAAUAAUUUUGUUGCAGUGCCCUAUUUAAUGUUAAUCUAUGUGUGUGCAUAAUUUAUGUAUUGGGUAGUUUUUUUGUUUUUUUAAUCAAUCCUUGAUAAUAAUGAAUGGUUUAUGUCUCCUUAUCUCAUGAUUUUUAAGCAAGAAUUUAAGUGCCAUGGACGCGAGGUUGUGUUGCGCAUUUGUAGGCACGGGGCAAAUGGUGUGUAACGUGUCGUGCCAAUAUACGCCGAUGAAAAUCACUAUGCCGACACGCUAUGGUGCGAAAUAUUUAUUUCUUUAGCACCAAUA